CACACGCUUGCACUACCAUUCUGCGUGUCGAAAUAGAAAGUGAGGGAGCAAGGAGGAAGAGUGAGAGAGAGAGAGAGAGAGAGAGAGAGAGAGAGAGAGAAAAGACAGAGUGGUCGGGGCGAGCGUGCGCAUAUGCUCGUGCGUGCGCGCGCGCGUGUGCAGCUCCACUACAGCGGCGACGGAGUGAGGAAGAAAAAGAAGAAAACGGGAAUAAGGAAACCGGGGAGGGAGCCGCCAUAUGCUGAGGGAUUGGUGAAUGUUCCGUUGAAAAGGGGUUGCUCGUAGGAAGGAGAUCGCGCGAUGGGGAGCUCACACUUGCUGAACAAAGGCCUGCCUCUAGGCAUCAGGCCUCCUAUAAUGAAUGGGCCCAUGCACCCUCGUCCUCUGGUGGCACUACUGGACGGCCGGGACUGCACAGUGGAGAUGCCCAUCCUGAAAGACGUGGCCACCGUGGCCUUUUGUGAUGCUCAGUCAACCCAGGAGAUCCACGAGAAGGUACUAAACGAAGCCGUCGGGGCUCUCAUGUACCACACCAUCACGCUCAUGCGCGAGGACCUGGAGAAAUUCAAAGCACUUCGAAUCAUCGUCCGCAUCGGCAGCGGUUUUGACAAUAUCGACAUCAAAUCAGCUGGGGAAUUGGGGAUAGCUGUGUGUAACAUGCCCUCAGCCUCAGUGGAAGAGACAGCCGAUUCAACGCUGUGUCACAUCCUCAAUCUCUACAGACGCACCACCUGGCUGCACCAGGCUCUCCGUGAGGGCACAAGGGUCCAGAGCGUGGAGCAAAUCCGAGAGGUCGCGUCUGGAGCCGCUCGCAUCCGAGGGGAGACUCUGGGGAUCAUCGGCCUAGGGCGUGUUGGUCAAGCUGUAGCUCUGAGAGCUAAAGUGUUUGGCUUUAAUGUGAUCUUCUACGACCCUUAUUUGUCUGACGGCAUGGAACGAGCACUCGGACUACAGCGAGUAAACACACUACAGGACCUUCUGUUCCACUCCGACUGCGUCACACUCCACUGCAGCUUGAACGAACACAACCACCACCUCAUCAACGACUUCACUAUCAAACAGAUGCGUCAGGGUGCGUUCCUGGUGAACACUGCGCGAGGGGGGCUGGUGGACGAGAAAGCUCUGGCUCAAGCACUAAAAGAGGGCAGAAUACGCGGCGCAGCUCUGGACGUCCACGAGACUGAGCCCUUCAGUUUCAGCCAGGGCCCCCUGAAAGACGCCCCUAAUUUGAUCUGCACUCCUCACGCUGCCUGGUACAGCGAGCAGUCCUCAAUCGAGAUGAGAGAGGAGGCAGCUCGGGAAAUCCGCAGGGCCAUUACAGGUCGUAUUCCAGACAACCUGAAGAACUGUGUGAAUAAGGAGUUUCUCACACAGACCACACACUGGGCAGGCAUGGAUCCUGCCAUACACCCAGAGCUGAAUGGAGCCUACAGGUACCCACCAGGUGUGGUGAGCCUGGCAUCUGGUGGCCUCCCGCCACCUGUGGAAGGAAUCGUGCCGAGCGCAGUGCCGAUCAGCCACAGCCUUCCCUCGGUAGCACACCCUCCCCAUGCACCAUCUCCAGGCCAGACUGGUAAAGCCGAGCCCGAUCGAGAGCAGCACCCCAACGAGCAGUUGUAGCCACACACUCCUAUAUCGAGAGUUUUCUGUGCUACUAGAGAACUCUCCUGGUCCUUCUUUACCCCAAUGAAGAGGAGUUGAAACCAGCCAAAAACGAAAAAAAUCACAAUGAACCAUGACUGUCUGAAGUAGCCAACCAUUUGAACUGAAGGUGGUGGAUCGUGCUCGCUUUUACUUUCUCUCUCUCUCUCUCUCUCUUUCUCUCUCUCUCUCUCUCUUUUUUUUUCUCUUUUUUUUUUUUGAUGUGGAAACAAAAAAAAAUGGAUUUGAAACAAAAAAAACUCCCUAAAACAAAUCCUGCUGGUUUAGAUUCUAGUCUGUCUAAGUGCAGUGGGCAAUUUUUUGUUUCUUUCGUGUCCAAUGGGUUUCAUUGAUUAAAAAAAAACGCUGUAGUUUUGAAUGUAUCCUGUUUGUGUACAGUUUUUAGGAUAUGAUCAGUGGUUUGUAGAAAAAAAAAAGAAACACAGCAUAAAGGGAGGUAACCAUCAACUAAUAGAUUUUUAUUAUUAUUAUUGUUGUUUUAAUUUUUUAUAUAUGAUUUUGUUUUUUUGUUUUUUUUAAAAAAUGCCCCGAAAGAGGCCUGUUUUGCACACCCUCUCAGGAAAAUUAUUUUCCCCUCCUUCCUCCCUUUGGAAUUAAACCACAUAGUGCAUCGAUAAAUUGUUAAUUUUUUUAUUUUUUUUAAUCCAUGUGUCUUUUUUGUAGUCUAAAUUAGCACAGUACUUUCAAAAAGUAUAUUCAGUGUUUUUUUUUUUUAUUGUUUAUAAUUUUCAGUUUUUGUUAACUUAGCAUGUACUGCCUUAUGUGUUAAAGGUAAAAAAAAAAAUGCGUUCUGUUUUGACGAAGAAAAAAAAAUCCAGUUCGUCUUGUGAAAAGCUGGCGUCAUGCUUGCCUGUUUCUGUGUGACUUGACCGUACCGUGUUUUACGAGGCAGCUCCGAGCUGCUGGGGUAGUUGCAGCGCUCCAUUGCCUACAUAGUUUCCUUCCUGAUUAAAGUGGUAGGCUAGCAAUAUACAUACUAUAUAUACUAUGAGAUAUCAUUAUUUUUUUGUUAAACAGAAUUAAAAAAAAAAGGAAAAAAAAACCAGAAAUGUUUGUGACUGUAUGCAUUUGUAUGAAUUAUUUUAAAUGAAAUAAAAGUCCAAAUUUAAUGA